AUGACGAUCAUCACAACUCUUCGCAACUCCAGACCCAGACGGUCAAUCCUCGUCACCGGCGGUGCGGGCUUCAUCGGCGGCCAUCUCGUCGAGGCCCUUCUGGCAGAGGGAUGCUGGAAGGUCGUUGUCGUCGACAACUUUGACGACUUCUACGACCCUGCCAUCAAGCGUGCCAACCUCGCUCCCCACAUGCGAAACCCCGACCUCACAGUCUACGAGGCUGACAUCCAGGAUAUGGAGACUAUGCGAGACAUCUUUGCCGCUAACGACUUUGUCGCUGUCGCCCAUCUGGCUGCUCGCGCUGGUGUUCUCCCUUCCCUGAAAUACCCGAACCUAUACUUUGACGUCAACGUCACUGGCACGCUGAACCUCCUCAACUGUUGCAAGGAGUUUGGUGUUGAGCAAUUCGUCUUUGGAUCAUCAUCCAGUGUUUACGGUCUCGGUGCCAAGGCUCCUUUCUCGGAGAGCUACAAGGCCCAGCAUCCCAUAUCCCCUUACGCUGCGUCAAAGUCAGCAGCUGAGCUUCUCUGCCACACAUACUCCCACUUGUACCAGAUUCGUUGCGUCUGCCUCCGCUUCUUUACCGUCUACGGACCCCGUCAACGCCCAGAUCUUGCCAUCCACAAGUUCACCAGGCUUAUCCACCAAGGAAAGCCCAUUCCUCUUUUCGGAGAUGGAUCUUCACUCCGAGACUACACUUACGUCGAUGACAUCGUCCAAGGUAUCUUCGGUGCUAUCAACUACAAAGACUCCAUCUUUGAGGCCAUCAACCUUGGAGAGUCGCAGACUAUCAAGCUGAUGGACCUCAUCAGCGUGAUGGAAGGAACCUUGGGCAUCAAGGCUCUUAUUGACUGGCGCGGCGACCAGCCUGGCGAUAUGCCCGUGACGUAUGCAGACAUCUCCAAGGCGGGUGCUUUGCUUGGGUACAUGCCUAAGACGAAGAUCAACCAGGGUAUUGUGAAGUUUGUUGAUUGGUAUCUCAGCCACAACGCGGUCUAG